AUGCCGCCGCCGCAGAAAAAGACCAAGGUGGAGCACGAGGUGCCACGCGCGACGGUGGCUAGCUCCGUGGUGUCGCUGACUAACUGGAUGCGCGAGCGCGCGGCGGAGGCACCCCCGAACCUGCUCGCGGACGAGCGCGAUGACCUCGUGGUGCUCCAGCUCUCGCUCAGCCGCAUCCUGUCCAAGCCUACCACCAAGCCGCACCUCCUCCCGCUCCCGCACCCCAUUGUCGCCCACUCGGCCUCCUCCGUCUGUGUCAUCUCCGACUACGGCCCCUACGAGUCACGCUGCCACUUGGCCGCCUCCCACGACCUCUUCCUUGCUGACUACGCCCUACUCCUGAUGUUGCCCUGCCUCCUCAGGAAGUCCUUGUACUCCACCAAAAAGGCCCCACUCGCGGUCGACUUCACCCGGGCUGGAUGGCCAGAGCAGGUCCGCAAGGUCCUGAGCUCUACUUGCCUCUACCUGCGAUCCGGGACCUGCUCGGGGAUCAAGGUGGGCAGGUUGGACAUGGAGGAAGAGGAGAUCGUCGAGAACGUGAUGGCGGUAGUGGAGGCUGAUGUGGAUAAGGUGCCAGAAAAGUGGGCAAACGUGAGGGCUUUGCAUCUCAAGGCUGUGGACUCGGCUGCCUGCUGA